CUCAGAGAUCAGCCAUGUUGAAAAAUAUGCUUGCAAUUUUUCUGCUCGCACAUUUCUGCACUGCAGCUCCAAACGAGAAGCAGCGCGAGUGUAUCUUAAACCAGGAUUGCCCACCAACACUUGCCUGCAUCAGAGAGAAAUGUUCGAAUCCGUGUCUCGGCGUUUGCGGUGACAAUGCAACGUGCAUUGUUGAGAACCAUAACCCAAUCUGUUCUUGCGGCGAAGGAACGACCGGCGAUCCCUUCCUUUCUUGCAAUCUAGUCCCCAAACCAGCUGAACCAGACAGCGAACUAGCAAUCAAUCAGCGAGGGAAACGAUCUUCCUUCUACAACCCGUGUGAACCCAGUCCUUGCGGUGAAAAUGCUUCCUGCUCGAUUUAUGAAGGGAACAACCCAGUUUGCACGUGUUUGUCUGGUUUCGACUGGAAGUCCACCUUCUUGCAGAGAAAAAUAAUGCUUGAAGCUCUUCAAUAUGAAACACUUAUGUAUUUUAUUUCAAAAAAUGGUGUAACGAGGUGAAAGAAUAAUAAAAACGCAGAGGCGAAAAUAAAUUUAAUAAUUAUGCUUG